AUGCCGCGAAAAGAAGAAUCCAUUGCCAGGUCUGCGUCCCCAAGGAGUCCUCGAAGUCCUUCGCCUCGCUCGAAGGAGAAGUCUGGCUUCGAGGAUCCUUGGCCGUGGUGGGAGCCUCUGCCCAGGAGCUACACCAUCCGCAGGAAGUGGCACGAGAUCGCCAGGUUCCACGAGGCCGUCAAGUCCGAGCUGGCCAACGAUCCAUUGCUCGGCUACCAACGAGUCAAGGCCAAAGUUCCAGUGCUCCCUGAACCGGCAGAUGUGGACUCCUGGCUCAAGACUUACGCGGCCACCAACGACGCUUGUGCUCUAGGUCGAAGUGCGCGAGAAAUCUCGAGCAAGGAGUUCGCUCCUUGCUUUCAUGAUCUCGGUGAUUUGCAUUGGAUGUACUGUCACAAUCGACUCGCUCCAUACUUCAACGAAGUCAGCAAGGUCCUGGAAGAAGUGCCAGCAGAGGUGUUGGCCUCGUCACGGUCCCUGCGGCGCUUCGUGACAGGGGGCGUGAGUGGCAAGCAGGUCCUCCCUUCCUCCUUGCCCAUUCCUCCUCGAUUUCUGGGCAAGCUGGUGCCCACCGUCCCAGAUGCAGAGGACAUGGAGAGGCACUUGUCCCGCACAAGGAUGCAGCACUCCAGAUCCGCGGGAGGGCUGAGGCAGGGCGAGAGGGAGGCUGGCAAAGCGGAGCUCGGAGUGACGCAAGGCUGGGACGAGACCAAGGUCUGCGCAGCUGCUUUCGUCUCUUCGGCGAAGACGACGUGCGUCCAUCCUGAUCGCCAGGAUCCGUACCUGUGCGGGGACUGCCCACGGAAUCCAAAGAGUGCUUUCGAGGGCGAGAAGGUGUGUGCGGCAGCCGCCUUUGUGUCCUCGGCCAAAUCGCAGUGCGUCCACCCGGAGCGGAAGGAUCCGUACUUGUGUGGAGACUGCCCUCGAAACGGUGCUAAGGCGUUCGCCUUCGUGUCCGCCAAGUCGCAGUGUGUCCACCCCGAGAGAAAGGAUCCGUACCUGUGUGGAGACUGCCCGCGCAACAGUGCCACGCCGACGCCUUUUCGCGGCAUGCGCAUGGCGCGGGCAUCGAGCCUGUGGCAAGCGCCAGGACGAGAGUCCCCAGUCCCCCCAGUCCCCCACUGGCUUCUCUUCCAACUGAUGCUUCGACCCAAUGGCCUCGGUGUGGACGCGUCCUUGGAGCCUGCCUCCGACGAGGAGGGCGUGCAGCUGCCCUGGGGCAUCCGUAAGCGGCUGCUGCAGCAAGGGUCCUCGCAGGAGCGGCCCGUCAGCGGGGAUGAGGUGAAGAUCCACUUCGAGGGACGUCUGCAGGACGGGACUUCCAUCGGCUCCACCAAGGAGCCCUUCACAUUCAUUGUGGAUCAGAGGCCGAGAGAGGUCAUCCAGGGAAUAGAGCUGGCUGUGCAGACAAUGACGAAGGGCGAGGUGGCAGAGUUCACUAUCGCUCCGCGCUUCGCGUACGACGACUUGGGCUCGCCACCGCUGGUCCCGCCGGAUGCCACGCUGGUCUUCGAGUUGGAGCUCUUGGAAUGGGAGAACAAGUCGGACGUGCUGAAUGACGGCCGUGCCAUCAAGACCAUCGUGGAGAGGGGUGCUGGUAGGCGGCCGCAGAAGGGGCAGGACGUGGUUGUCUCGCUGAAGAUCACGUCGCGGAAGGGCAAAGUCCUGCAAGACGAAGAUAUCGAUCACACGGUUGGGGCAUCCGACUUUGGGCAACUCUCGGCGAUCCUCUCGGAGGUCAUCCUUAGCAUGGCGGAAGGCGAACGCUGCACUGUAUUCCUGCGGCGCUUUGCGGGCGACAAGAUUGACUCUACUUACAGCGGUGCCACUGCGGAUCUCACGCUGAGGCGCAUCUUCGAGACAACAGAUGUGUCUCCCGAGAAGGACGGAGCGUUGAUGAAGAAGCUGCUCACGUCCGGCAGCGAUGAUCCUCCGCGAGCUCUUGACGAUAUCGCCCUGCAAGUGGACAGCGUGACAGCUGAAGUAAACUCCUUGAAGCAGUUGUCCGGCCAAGUUCUGAAUUUUCGCCUGGGAGGGGGAGAAGUCUGCGAUGCUUUGGACUUUGCGGCUGAGACGAUGACUGUGGGCGAAGAGGCCGUGCUGACCUGGAAGGUCCAAUUUCCGGAGGCCGAGAGGGUGGUCGUCAAGCUGAAGCUGGCAGGCAUUGGGAGGCGGCAUGCAGGAGUUGCUGAGCAGAAGGAUGCGGCAGCGCAGCAUUUCAAGAGCGAGCGCUUUGCUUUGGCGCUGCAAGUCUACCGCAGGCUGCGGUCUUUAAAGCCAGAGCCAGAACUGCACUGCAUUUGUGAGCUGAACGAAGCUGCUUGCUUGCUGAAACUUCGCAAGUUCCACGAUGCCAAACAGCUCUGCAGCGAUGUGCUGGCCAGCAAUCCGCAGCAGCCGCACCAGAUCAAGGCGCUCUACCGACGCGCGUCUGCAGAAUUCCAGCUCUCUGACUUUGCAGCGGCGCUGCAAGAUCUGACAGUCCUUCUGAAGAUACAGCCCGGCAAUGGCGAGGCACGGGCUUUGGCGGAGCAAGUUCGAGAGGCGCAGCGUGCCUACGCAAAGCAGGCCAAAGAAACGGCGGCUCGAAUGUUUGCAAAUGCACGGACGGCACCUGCUCCAGAGGGCUGGCUGCGAUGGCCGUGCCUGCCAUGCUUGCCAUGCCAUGGCAGCGAGGAAAACACCCGACCGUGA